AUGUCCUGGAAGGCCUGCACCACAGUCUUCUUCAAUGUAACCACCAGUUACAAUAACAGCUACUUCUUCAGAAUUGAGAGUAAACCAUACAGCGCAACAGACCCUGACAAGUCUGUUCUUAUAGUUGUCAGAGAUUUGCCUCUCAGACCCGAGAUUACUGUCUCAUGUGAGAUGAAGGAAGAGAGGCCUGUCAGUUUGAACUGCUCUGCUGCAGCUCCCUGUCCCCAACACUCUCCUAAACUGACAUGGACGCUCCCAACCCUGUUUACACCUGAGAACCAACUCCAAGAGAAUUCAGAUCAAACCAAAUCUGUUCUCUCCACGGUGACAUUCACUCCUUCACACCUUCAUCAUGAGAAGAACAUCACUUGUACUGCAGUCUACCCAGUAGGAACAAGCAACAAGACAGCUGAACAUACCAUGACGCUUAACGUUUUAUUCUCUCCAAAAAACACCUCAGCCUCCCUCAGUCCAGCUUAUCCAGUAUCAGUGGGCAGUUGUGUGAAUCUGACCUGCAGCAGCACAGCCAACCCUCCUGUGACAAACUUCACCUGGUUCCAGAUUUGUGGGGGUAAACCAACACGGGUAGCAUCUGGACAGACUUACACCCUCAAUGUGACUGUUGGUGAUGGAGGGAUGUACUACUGUGAAGCAAGAAAUGAUCACGGCAUUGAGAAGUCAAUGAAAAACUCCACAGUUGGGAUGAUGUAUACUAAUCAGGCCAUGACCAGAGAGGAACCAGAGGAACCAGCAGAAGACCAGCCUGAGGAGAUCCACUACGGUGAGAUAGACUUCUCCAAACUUCGGCCCAAAGAGACCCCAGCUGCAGCCCUGGACAGGGAACAGGGGCAGGAGAGUGAAUACGCUGAAGUCAGUGUGACCGGGAGAGGGGCCCAGGAACCUCCAGUUAACAACCUAGAUGGGGUUUAUGCACAAGUGAAUAAGAAAAGUGCAUUUUAA